UGCUCUUGGAAAUUUCCAUAAAUUCCCCUGUUUCCAGAGCUUGUUUACGAUAUCAUCGCAUGAGUGAGUCACUGUUCGAAUGGAAACGAAAUUAGCGAGAGAGAGAGAGAGAGAGAUAGAGCGAAAGCGAGCAAACUGUGUACGUUGCUUGCUGUGUUUACUCUCUCAUUGUCACUCUCUUACUUUACAUACACAAAGAAAGUCCAAUGCCCACCCUGAACUGUGCCAGCUGAUCGACUCACCGCUCAGUCAUCGACAAGUUGCCAAACAAAGCGCCAUUAAAUAAGUAUUUAUAUUACAUUCAAAGUCGCAGCCUUAUCAGAAACUACUAAAUGGCUGAAGAAACCGAACCUAUGUGUGGUGGAAUAUCGAAAGAGCUGCAGGGCGAUGAUUUACAUUAUGCCCUGGAUAUAUUAAACACAUCGCUGGCCAAAUUGUCGGGAAUGAGCGAUAAGCCCAGCUUCCAAGUUGUUAAAGUGAAGUCCGUGACGUCACAAGUGGUCGCUGGCAUGAUCUACCGCUACAAGGUUCAACUCGCCCAGGGCGAUGCCAUCAAAGAGAGCGACGUGAAGAUUUGGUCACGGCCCUGGCUGCCAGAGAACGGCACCAAUAUAGAAAUCAAACUAGAAGGCGAUGACAAUGUGCUCGAAACCACGUUUUAAACCAACUCGAAUAUGCGUGUUAAAUAUAAUUAUAUAUUACUGAUUUUAUCGCAUUUAAUUCGCUAAGUACGCCCCAAUAUGUAUGUUUAUAUAGUAUGUCUAUAAAUGGAAUCAACUGUAUUGCUUUAUCAGUUGUGUGAAAAUCAACAUUGACUUCAUUUUGUAGGGAUCAAUGCUUGUGACAAAAAUGCGCCAAAUAUAUAGGGCUCUCUCUAAAUGCUAUCUAUAUAUGCUAUAGUAUACAGUAUACAGUGUUUACCCCCGCACUUAAAAACAAAAUUGAAUCACUUU